AUGGAUCUUUCAAAUCUUUCAUCAAAUCUCCCACCAACUAAGCCUGUGAAUCAAACUUCAGUAGAUGAAGUCAGCAAGGAGCUUACCACUGAAUUCAAAAAUGCUGCCAAGUCCGUUGCUUCUUUGUACAACUCAUCGAUCUCAACAAAUUCGUCUUCCUCAAACCAAAAGAUUGAAUUUGCCAAUGCUGCUCGUUCAGUGGCCGCUUUGUACAGAUUAACUCAUAAUUCAAGUUCGUUAAUGCACCACAAAGGUUACUUGCAAUGUCUUGAUGAUCUUUUGGAAGUCAUUACUCAAGAUGGCGAUAUCGAAAACUGGGCUUUGACUCGAAGAGCUGAGAUAUCUAACAUGCACAACAAUACCCCCAGUCAAUCUAAUGGAGACACCACUGAGCCAAAUGUGGUAAGACAUACUAUUCCAGAGGAACAGUCUCAAUCAAUACUAGAAAUACCUCUAGACUACGAGUUUUCACUUGUGCUGGACUUGAAACCUGCUAGUCAUUUUAGACCUUCUGUACCGCCAAUAUCAGUGCAGCAUAGUACAAAGCAGCUUCAGAAUUUCAAGAGAUCUCGUCGUCUAGAUCCCAUACUAAGAAGAAAACUUCAACUUCAACAGUCCCUGGACGACGCUUCUUCGGACGCCGAUAGCGACGAUUCUACAGACAAGGAUGAUGACAGAGUAGAACGAAAGAAGAAUAUCCAGCUGGAUCUGCCUCUGAAGAAAAAGAAGUUAAAU